GGGGCGGAGACCAGCCUGGGGGCUCGAACCGUCCCAAGGGAGGUGGCGGAGGCAAGGACAAGGAGCGGGCCCCAGACAAUGCGCUCGUCGUCCAGAUCCUCCGCGCCUUUGAGAAGCAUUCGGGAAAGUCUAUGGAUGACGUGGUGGCCUUUGCGGAGAAGCCCCCCGCGUUGGAAGAGCCGCAACCCGCAGACCUCAGCUCGAAGUCCCUCCAAGACUUGUUGGACAGGGAGACGCGGAAGCAGAAGCAGAUCGAUGCAAGUCGGGAGCGAGUCAAAGAGGCAGAAGCAGCCCUCGAGGCUGCCCGAAAGUUCGCGGAGGAGCAGAUCGCCCAGCUUGCGGCGCACGAGGGCAAUCUCAAGAAGAUCAGGGCAGCCAUCACCGCCAAGCAGGCGGAGGCUGUCAUCCCCAACCAGUCCAAGGUCGGGGAUAUCAACAGUGGCAUCGAGCUGCUGGAGAACUUCGGCAAGAUGCUGGACGCGAUGGGCGCCCACUUCGGCGUCGACGUGGCAGGGAUGGCCAAAGAGACAGCGGCGAAGCUUGAGGAGCAGAAGCAGAAGGCGUCUGAGGCAGCCAGAGGCAUGGACGUCGACGGCAAGGUCGAGUUCGACCCCGCAGACCCUGCCAUCCAGGCCUGCCUCAAGGAGGCUGGGGUUGACGUCGAUGACCCCUCCAAGGCCAAGCGGCUCCUGGAGGCCCUGGGCAAUGCUGCCAAGAAGCCCAAGACGCGCACCUACCACAUGUACGCGCGCAAGGCUGACUCGACGGGAGACGGACCUCUGCAAUCGAGCGGUGGCGUAAGCGUUCUCAGCAGAUUGGCGGCCAGCAGGGAGCCGCAGGUCCUGGAUGAGCUGUUGCUUCCAUCGCACCGAGUGGAGUCGGUGCGCCUCAAUGUGGGUUUGUCUGUGCCGCUGCACGUGGUCUCACUGUAUUUGGUCACGAGCGUCGGCCUGACCAAGCAGAACAUCGACAUUCUGACGCAGAACAUGGAGUACCCCGGCUCACUUCCUGGACCGUGGAUCGUGCUCGGGGACUUCAACAUGCUGCCCGAAAAGGUGCAGGAGUGGGCCCUGCGCGCUCAAGCGAUACUGUUGACAACGGGUGCACCAACUUGCGGUGGCAGAGAGAUCGACUUUGGCGUCUGCUCGCGCGUGCUUUCUGGCUUCAUCCACGCGGUGGUGCCGAUCGAGGGCUCGACGCUGCAGACGCACAUUCCUGUGCACGUUCGGCUCCGAGGCUCGGGGAGACAGGCGCGUGUGACGCGCCCAGUCUUUCCGCUCAAGUUUCCGAUCUGCAAGCCGCCCCCUGUGCGGCCUGCACCACAGAUUGCUUCAGGCGAGGAGUGGCCUUGGACGAUCGGAGAGGCACUCCCUGGAGACCUCGGCGAGGCGCGUGCUGCUUGGUUUCGUCAUGCCGAAGCUUAUAUGUCGGAGUUUCACGACCUGUCGGACUGGGCUCAAGGAGCCCGGAGAGGUCGCGCCGAGGGUUUCAAGACAGCGAAUGAGCCGUUCAUUCAG